AUGAAGUUCGUGGCGCUCAUCAGCGGGGGGAAAGAUAGCUGCUACAACACCCUGGAGGCUAGUCCUGAUAACGACAUCCAUUCUGUGUGCGAGGUAGAGGUGUGGCCAGCGAUCGGGCCCGGCUAA